AUGGCUACCACCGAUACCGAUGCGCCCUUUCGCUUCAUGGACCUUCCCGGAGAGCUCAGAAACAAAGUGUAUACUUUACUGCUCUGCUCGUUCGGACCUGCCCCAGAUCCGAUCCAGGAAAUCCCCAAAAACCUGCUUACGGAGGGAAGCUUUGAGCCUGAACUUGUCUCCGCUCAGCACUGCAACGACCCUGCUAUUCUUCGUGUAAACAGUCAAGUUCAUCGCGAAGCCUACGACGUCAUGGUCAAGACCAACAGAUUCGUUCGGAUCAGUUCGCCCAACAACUUGUCCCUCAACAAUGUUAUCGCUGGCAGAAACAUCCCAGUUGUUGCGAGUGGACAGCUUGCAGCGGAUUUCAACGAGCAACUUGUCGAUAUCAAUAUACCUUCCGCGGGUCUGAGUCCCAACCGGCACGCAGACGACGAUCAACCAGCAAGUUUAGUCAUUCUGGGCUGUUAUCUUGAGAAGUUCUGCAACAGCUUCGAGAUGGCAAAAACCAUUAUGCCCGGGCUCGCCAACACUGCGAAUUUCGUCAUAACUGUAGCUCCGAUGCUCACUCAUAAGGGCCCAUGGUACCAGGAUGAUCUGACAGACUUCUUUUCUGAAUCUAUUCAAAUGGACUUGCUUGGGCCACUGGCUGGCAUGCGAGGCAUCAAAAACGUCGAAAUUCAUGGUCCUGUCGCACCCGACAUGGCAACGGAACUGAAAGACUUGAUGAUGUCGGGAAAAUGGAAUGAUCCACACAGUGUUAUCGACUUCUUGAAGGAGAUCAAAGACUAUGGUGCCCAAUAUUAUCGUGAGGGUCGGCUGAUGGAGGCUUUCUCCACUUGGGGAAGCGGCAUGCAUGAGAUCGAUCGCUUGCGCGAGAGCAUCACCUGGGAAAAGCUCGUCAAGAUUGGCGGAGAGCCUUGGAUUGACCAAAUUGCUGCGCUGCAGUGCUCACUUGGACUCAAUUCGGCACUGGCCAUGAUCAAGCUUUGGGGCCCCGACCCGAAGAACGUUGCCAUGCCACCGGAAGCUCGAAAAGCCCACAGGAAUCUGGCCCUGGUCAGCCUUUCAACAUCUGCUAAGUGUAAUGAACCAGGAUAUUGGAAAGAGGGUUAUACAUGGGUAUGCUCUCCGGUGCUCAAGGCGAAGAUCAUGUACCGUCAUGCUUCGUGCAUUCGGCUUUGGGACGAGAGAUCGCAGGCUGUCGUUGCCCUGGAACUCAUCCGGGGAGCUAUGUCACUUGUACCGAACGACCCUGUCGUCCGCAAAGAGGCGGAGGCAAUCGUGAUAUGGGCACGUAGUAUGUGA